GCAUGUUGUCAGCCAAGACAAACGGACCACGCCGAGGACGCUCUUUUGACUCCAUCCACAAACAUCAAAACUACAAUGAGAUGAAUAAAUCCACAUUUAACCAUACUAAUGAGAACCAAGAUGAUUCCCUGUCAUCCAAACGAGAACACGCUGCGAUUGUCUUCUCUCUAAAGAAUGAAGUCGGCAACCUUGUAAAGACAUUGAAACUUUUUCAGGAACAUCAUAUCAGCCUUUUGCACAUUGAGUCUCGGAAGUCCAGGCGCCGUAACUCUGAGCUGGAGGUGUUCGUUGACUGUGAUAGUGAGAGAGAGUCUCUGAACAAAAUUAUUCAGCUGCUGAGAAAACAAACAAACAUCAUCUACAUGGAUUUACCAGACAGACAGAGCACACCUGAAGACGUUAUCUCAGAAGAACCCUGGUUCCCCAAGAAGAUCUCAGACCUUGAUAAAUGUGCCAAUCGUGUUUUGAUGUACGGUUCCGACCUGGAUGCUGAUCACCCUGGUUUUAAAGACAGUGUCUACCGCAAAAGAAGGAAGUACUUUUCUGACAUUGCGAUGAACUACAAACAUGGAGACCCAAUCCCACGUGUGGAGUUCACAGAAGAGGAGGUGAGGACAUGGGGUGUGGUGUUCAGGGAGCUUAAUAAGCUCUACCCUACACAUGCCUGUAAAGAGUACCUGCGUAACCUGCCUCUGCUUACACAGCACUGUGGCUUUAGGGAAGACAACAUCCCUCAGCUCGAGGAUGUAUCCCACUUUCUCAAAGAGCAAACAGGCUUCACAAUUCGCCCGGUAGCUGGAUAUUUGUCACCUCGUGAUUUCCUGGCAGGUUUGGCAUUUCGUGUGUUCCACUGUACUCAGUACAUCCGUCACAGUUCUCAUCCUCUGUACACACCUGAGCCAGACACAUGUCAUGAGCUGCUUGGUCAUGUCCCCUUGCUGGCAGAACCAAGUUUUGCUCAGUUCUCUCAAGAGUUAGGCCUAGCUUCACUGGGGGCCUCUGAUGAUGCUGUACAGAAACUGGCAACUUGCUACUUCUUCACAGUAGAGUUUGGCUUGUGUAAGCAAGAUGGCCAGCUUCGAGCAUAUGGGGCUGGUCUUCUCUCAUCCAUCAGUGAACUUCAGCACGCACUCUCUGGCAGUGCCAAAAUCUUGCCGUUUGAGCCCAAAGUGACUUGCAAACAGGAAUGUCUCAUAACCACUUUUCAGGACGUUUACUUCAUGUCUGAGAGCUUUGAAGAGGCCAAAGCUAGAAUGAGAGAAUUUGCUAAGACCAUCAAGCGCCCUUUCACUGUGCGCUACAACCCAUACACACAGAGCGUGUGUGUGCUGAGGGACAUGCCCAGCAUUAACAGUGUGGUCGAAGAGCUUCAACAUGAACUGGAUAUAGUGGGAGAUGCACUCCAAAGGCUUAACAAACACUUGGAAGUCUAAGACCAUAAUGCACUGCCUAUAUCAGGGCUCAAAAUGCACUCUCUGGACUUGAUAAUGACUUCUUCAC